UUUUGCGACAUGGAGGAGGUGCACUAAAUGAUCUGAAUGUGUGUUCAUUUGUUCCAUUAGGCGAUGUAGAGCUUACUAUGAAAGGGACAGAAUGGGGUGUGUUGUAAUUGUGUGUGUUGUUAUUUGUGACUGUCUGUCAUGGUUACUGUAUUGUAAAACGCUUUCCCACAGAGAACAUGGUGAAGGGUCUGGACGAGGACGAGUCGCACUUCCUGGACGAGGUCUCCCGGCAACAGAGCCUGGUGGAGAAGCAACGCCGGGAUGAGGAACAGCAGGAGCUCAGAGAGUACAGAAGCGCCCUGAAGAAGCUAGCGACCAAUGACAGUCGCAAGGAGCCCGAGCGGAAGGCGGGGCCUAAGCCAGCCGAGCCCCAGAGGACCACCAGUCACCUGUCUCAAGCCCACCUGCUGGCCGGAGCGGUCAAGAGACGCAGCUCGUCCCAGUCGUCAGACAGCAGCAGUAAGAAGCAGAGAGUGGAGGAGAGGCCAGCAGGGGGCGCCGUCAGCAGAGCACACGCAGAGCAGGAGGCAGGCAGCAGGGGAGCAGGAGGAGGAGCAGGGGGUGAGCAGGGCGCCAAGGCGGGGUCGCCCCCUCCAGGGCCGGGCGAACGCCCCCCCGGGGUGCUGCACCUGCCGUCGGCCGCCGUGUGCGUGGGGAUCCUCCCGGGCCUCGGGGCCUACUCGGGCAGCAGCGACUCCGAGUCCAGCAGCGACAGCGAAGUCUAAACCAGCCAAUCCUGCGCAGCCUAACCCGACGACAUCCCCACCCCCCUUUGUGGCUGCAGCUGUGCUAUUGGCCGCGGGAACAGUGAUUGACAGCUUUUAGAGGAAGGACAAGCCUAGGAGAGGAGGCCUGGUCGGCCGGUUGGCCGGCUGCCUCUCGUGGAAAGACAGGCCCGUCUGUGGAAAUGCAUUUCUCUCAUUGUUUGUGUUUAUUUUUUGUUGUUCUUUUUAAUGCACAGAAGGAAAAAAAAACAAAAAAAGGAGAGAAAAAAAAGAUUGAUGGAUUUUUAAAAUGUGAUGGUUUCCAUGGCAACGUUGAUGGAUGGUGGAGACAGGAGGAGAGGAGGAAUAAAAAGCUUUCCCUUCGCUA